AAGAAAGUAUCGUUUGGAAGAAUAACGUAAAACAAAUGAUGGGUAUAUAUUACGCAACAUUUUUAUGGAGAGCCAAUGAGAAAUUUGAAUAUACGCUUAUUUUUAAUGCGGUGGAUGAUUAAGAUUGCUGAUAUUUUUGCAAAAAACUUCCCAUGUUUUUGUAUUCUUCAUUAUUCUCAAUAACAUUUUGAGAAGCAAAACUUGUAUUCCUUUUAGGGAGGCAGUUAUUUUUGCAUAUUUACUCAACUGCUGAAAUAAUAGUCCCGUCAGAUGAAUUACACUUACUUGGAAAUAAAGACUCAGGUUGAAAAGACAAUGUACAAUUUUCGGUUUUUAAACAAGUCUCGAAAGUUUGUACCUGGAGAAUGGAGAAAUUUGGAAAUGUGGAUCACACACAGGGGAUGAAUCUCUCUCGAGAUGAGAAGAUAAUUUCCUAUCAGGUUUGGAUAUAAAAGAGAAGGAUGAUUUUGCGUGUGGGGUACAAGUGGCCUCCGCGAGAUACUUGUAUAGUAGAAGGGAACAAAGUUCUCGGGAAGCAGUUCUUCGUUGUCUUUCGUCUGUGAUUUUAGUUAUACUCAAAAGAUUUUCCUCUCCGGAACUUCUUUGAGAGCGCCCCUCGAGCUCUACUUCCGGUGGAGAGUCGACGUCUCGCAACUAAAUUCCGAAAAAGAAAAUUUCAAAUUUCUCUCACAAGAAGAAAUUAUUCAAUUUUCAAAAACAGUGAAAGUGCUUCAUUCGAGAAUAGUAAAAAAAAUCACUUUUGACACGAAAAUUUUUUUUUUUAUAAAUUCUGUGGAAUUGUUCGUCUCAAAUAAUUCUGCAAAAAAGGAAAAAAAAUGUCAUUCUUCAAAGUGAUUUUCGUCAGUUUUUUACUUCAGCUGGAAAUUCAAUUUAUUCUCACAGAGACAGUAAUUACAGCCCAUGGUUAUAAUUGGGAUGACGAUUUAAUAGUGAAAAUUCCGGACGAGGUGGAUUGGUCAAAACAUCCAUGUAAAAGACCAUGUAAUUCUAAAGAACCCCCAAUGGAGUGUCGCUAUAAAUUUGCAGUUGAAUCUUAUCACACAAUGAGCAAAGCCUGUUUCAAUUGUCCUAAAAAUCUUACAGACUGUUUUCGACCACAUUGCAUCACGGCAGACGGAAUUCCGAGACCAAUUACUGUUGUGAAUCGACAAAUGCCAGGACCUGCAAUCGAGGUGUGCAGAGGUGACCGGGUGAUAGUGGACGUGACAAACAUGAUGUCUUCGGACAGCACCUCGAUGCACUGGCAUGGUCAACAUCAUCGAACAACACCUUACAUGGACGGUGUGCCUUUCGUCACCCAGUGCCCGAUUCUGCCUGGAAAUACUUUCCGCUAUCAUUACGAAGCCGCCACUCCAGGAACACAUUUUUGGCAUUCUCACAUUGGUUUUCAAAGGGGCGAUGGAGUUUUCGGAGCAAUGAUAGUGAGAGUGCCACCCGAGGAAGAUCCUCACAAGGCUUUGUAUGACGAGGACAAUUUUCAAGUGAUAGUAAUGGACUGGGAGCAUAAAAUGGGCGGCGAUGCAUUUUUAGGUCAUUAUCACUCGGGAACGAGUAAUAAACCGCCAAAUAUUUUAAUUAACGGUUUAGGACAAUUUAAGCAAGUUAUCGACGUCAAUGGAACAUCCGUAACCUUGCCAGUAGCUACAUAUCGCGUCAAGCAGAAUAUGAGAUACAAAUUUCGACUGAUAAAUGCAGAAUUUCUAAACUGUCCGAUUCAAAUGACGAUUGACAAUCAUACAUUCUACGUUGUUAACAGUGAUGGGAACGACAUCGAACCCAUUGAAGCGCAAUCGUUGAUCUCUUAUGCUGGGGAAAGAUUUGACUUUAUUGUCGAAAUGAAUCAAGAGGUGGGAAAUUAUUGGAUGCAUUUCCGAGGACUUUUGGAUUGUGGCGAAGCUUUCACAAAAGCAUAUCAAGUAGCAGUUCUUCAUUACGAAGGAGCAAAUGAUUCGAUACCAACUUCGCCCAUUUCUUAUGAACGAAGAGUUCCACUCAAUGUUACGGAAAUAAAUGGAUUUAACAUGGGCACGGAAACAAACGAUACUAUCAGUAUUCCUCUGUUUGAUUCAAUGGAUCCUGACGACGAAUCUAAUAUUAAAGACCCGGAUUAUCAAUUUUACAUAACGUAUGACUUUUACAAUGCCAGUAAUCCAGUUUAUCAUCGAAAGAAUCUCUAUGACUUUCAUCAAGUGAAAAAAGGACACAAAGUGUACACACCGCAAUUGAACCAUAUUACAAUGAAACCAUCAUCGAUACCACUUCUGUCUCAGAGGGAUUCUAUUGAUACGAACACUUUUUGCAACGAAUCAACUGUCAAGAAUUGCGAUAAAGAUUUUUGUGCUUGCACCCAUGUUCUUCAAGUAAAACUAAAAAGCGUCGUCGAGGUUGUUUUGAUCGAUGAAGGCGCCGUAUACGAUGCGAAUCACCCCUUUCAUUUGCAUGGAUAUGGAUUUCGAGUUGUGGCCAUGGAGAGACUUGGUAAAAAUACAACAAUUGAGGAAGUUAAGAGACUGGAUAAGGAAGGACAAAUUCAACGGAAACUCCAUCGAGCACCGAUCAAGGACACAGUCACGAUUCCUGAUGGUGGUUACACAAUUAUUCGUUUUUACGCAGAUAAUCCAGGUUACUGGCUGUUUCACUGUCACAUUGAAUUUCAUGCUGAAGUUGGAAUGGCUCUCGUCUUUAAAGUUGGAGAACACGAGGAAUUUCCACCGGUUCCAAAAAAUUUCCCACAGUGCAACAGUUUUAUGCCAUUUUCUCCACCGGAAAUUGUGGAAGCAAAUGCAACCGAAUACAGUGUAAAUAAAGAAACGAAUUUGUCAUCAACACCAAAUCCAAAAGAAAACGAGGUACAAAAUGCGGAAGAUGUGAAAAAUUCAAUAAAAGCUUGGUUGCCGAUUGUUCUUCAAGAACUGGGAAUAACUGCAAAAUCUUCCUCAUCGAUUUUCGUCCCUCAAAAGUCUAUCAUUGAAUUUAGUUUUAUUUUCGUUGUUAUUUAUCAUCUAAGAACGUUGCUUUAAAAUCACAACCUGUGAGAUUGUAUGAGUAUUUGUGUGAAAAAUUUUCCAAACUGUAUAUUUAUUCCUUUCUAUCAUUUUUAUCAUUUUCGUUUUUUCUUCCAUUUUUCCUUUUUUUUCUUCUAUUUUUGGCUCGAAUAAUAACAAAAUUUUCGGCUGCAACUUUUGACACUUUUUCUCAUUAUUUUUAAUAUACGUUUCUUUUUUAUUUAUUAUAUGUGAUACUUGAUGAAAAAAGUAUUAUAAACAGUAAUUACGAAAAGUAAUAAUAAUGUAAAUAAGAGAUUAAAGAAUUGAAAACUUUUCACUCUUUUUCUAUUUUUCAUGAAUUUUUGUAUACUAUGAAUAUGAAAAGUUUUUUUUAAACAAUGUUAUCAAUUAUGUUGUACGCUUUAAACAUUUUAAUGUUUUUACAAGUUAGACGAAUGUUUGUAAAGUAUUGUCUUCCCUUUCUCUGUGAUAAUUACCAUUCUGUGAACUUGUAUUUAAAUAUUAUU